AUGUGUGGGUACACGGAAGCGGAGAACAUGAUCCGUUUGAGGAACUGUUUGAAGGGAGAUGCAUUUAACGCUGUUCGUAGUUUCUUGAUGCGGCCUGAAACGGUAGGCAGAGCAAUCAGUGCACUGAAACUACGCUUCGGUAGACCGGAAACGAUAAUUGAAUACCUGAAGGAGAAGAUUAUAUCGAUGCCGACUAUCAAGCCAGAUGCGAUGGACAAGCUGGUCGAUUAUGCUCUGGAGGUCCAGAAUCUCUGUGCCACUAAACUGCCCCUCAAAAUAAAGCUGGAUUGGGCGCGGUACAAGAGAAACUUGCCAGAGGUAAAGUUGUACACGUUCAGCCAGUGGAUAUACAGCUUGGCGGAAGAUGUUACCGUUGUUUUCGCGCCUCAGUGCCGCGGAGGCAAGAAUCUGGAGAUAAAAGCAAACCGAACGGCGAAGUAUGUGAACACUCACGCAGAAGUUCAUUCCAAGGAUAGGACUCAUACUGUAUACCCAUCCCAAGAAAGAGCGACGGUGACCGGAUGGAGCGGAGGAAACAAAGCAUGGCCCGCGGGCAAAGAAGAUUGCAAAUAUCUUGGAAAAGGCAAGCGAUGUCUUGAGCUGUCGUACGAAGCAAGGUGGGCAACAGACUUACUAGCACAAACGCCACCAAGCGGUGCCAAUAGGAGCGGCCCUUCGAGGCAGAACGAGGAACGCAACGUCAAUACACAUCAAACCGGCACGGGCUCGCUUCGCUACUUGCCAGUGACAUUGUUUGGAAACGGAAUACAGCUAAAAUGUCACGCUUUCCUGGACGAUGGAUCCGAACUUACGCUCAUCGACCAGCAACUAGCUGAGGAGCUGAGGCUGUCCGGAACCAUUCAUCCGCUCUGCCUGAAAUGGACGGGUGGUACUCAUCGCUACGAAUCCGAUUCACAGAGUGUCGAGCUUGUGGUCGCCGGAAGAGGAGGAAAGCGGCUGUUACUGCAAGAUGUGAGAACGGUGGAAGAGCUGCAAUUACCCUUCCAGUCUUUGGAUAUGACUCAACUCACUAAACAGCAUCGAUACCUGCAGGGACUUCCUGUGGAAUCAUACACGAACGUUCGUCCACGGAUACUUAUUGGAUUGAGGCACGCUAAUGUUAUGCUGGUGCGGAAAAGUCGUGAGGGCAAGAUUGGCGACCCAAUUGCUGUAAAAACCAAUCUCGGAUGGUCGGUGUACGGUGGCUGGGCCACGAAAAAUUCCUCGAGUACUAGUCACACCUAUCACAUUUGUACGUGUAGCGAAGAAAGCAUGACGCACUUAAACCAGACGGUCAAAGACUACUUUGCUAUCGACAGUCUGGUAGUCAAGCCCAACCAGCUCGAACGACUAUCUAAGGAUGACGAGCGAGCAAUGUUUUUAAUUCGGCUACCGGAUAACAAGGCAGUCGCAAUCCGUCGGUGGAAAUGCCUGGAGAAACGCAUGGCGAAGGAUACGGAACUGGCGAACGUUUUGAACGAGAAAAUCGUGGAAUACAUUUCGAAAAACUACAUUCGCGAACUAACACCAGAAGAACUGUCGGAGAAGCGUGAACGAGUGUGGUAUCUACCGAUUUUCCCGGUUUACAACCCGAAUAAACCUGGAAAGGUACGUAUCGUUUGGGAUGCCGCCGCCACAGCUUACGGAACAUCACUGAAUUCGGCACUCCUUACUGGUCCCGAUCAGUUGACGUCGUUAGUUGGCAUUCUGUAUCAGUUUCGUGAGCAUCGAGUAGGCGUGUGUGCUGACAUUCGGGAGAUGUUCCACCAGGUACGGAUAGUUCCGGAAGAUCAGCACUGUCAGCGGUUUCUGUGGCGCAGUAUCGUGGAACAUGGUGAGCCUAGGACUUAUGUCAUGCAGGUAAUGACCUUUGGGGCGAGCUGUUCUCCUGCUAUAGCCCAGUUCGUGAAGAACAGCAACGCAGACAGAUACGUAGACGAAUAUCCGGAAGCAGUAGCGGUGAUCAAGAAACGACACUAUGUGGACGACAUGGUUUUGAGCGCCGAAACGGAGGAAGAAAUCGUCAAGCUAUCUCAAUCGGUACGUUAUAUCCACAUGCAGGGUGGAUUUGAAAUCCGCAACUGGGUCUCCAACUCAUCGCUGGUGCUGUCGAAAAUGAAUGCAGAGCAGUCAACAGAGAAGGAUUUGAAUAUAACUUCCGAGUUAGCUAGCCAGAAAAUCCUCGGUAUGUGGUGGGAUACGCAGGAUGAUGUGUUCAAGUACAAGAUCGGAUGGACGAGAUUUGAUUCAGCGCUUCUCGAUGGAAGUCGUUGUCCCACCAAACGGGAGAUCCUUAGGACACUGAUGACCAUCUACGAUCCUGUAGGGCUGAUAGAUCACUAUUUGGUUCUACUGAAAAUCCUGCUUCAGGAGGUGUGGCGUACUGGGAUUGAUUGGGAUGAACCUAUCCCUGAAAAUCUGUUCGAGAGGUGGCGUACGUGGAUUCGUCUUCUCCCGGAAUUGGAGAAACUUCGGAUCCCAAGGUGUUACCGGCAAGUUGUAUUGUCGAUAGAAGAGGCUGCAGUAGAUAUGCACGUCUUCGUUGAUGCCAGCGAAAGUGCUAUGUCAGCCGUUGUGUUUCUGCGAUUUACGAAAGGUGACCAGCUGGAAUGUUCUCUGGUUGCGGCUAAGACUCGAGUAUCACCGAUGAAAUACACCUCAAUCCCACGGUUAGAGCUGCAAGCCGCAGUUCUGGGGUGUCGAUUGGCUGCCAAUGUAACACGAAGCCUGACGAUGAACAUUUGUAAGCGUACAUUUUGGACAGACUCUCGAAAUGUGCUCUGUUGGCUGCGUGCCGACCACAAGCGAUACAGUGCUUUCGUCGGAUCAAGAAUCAGCGAAAUAUUGGAAUCUACGGACAUCCACGAUUGGAGAUGGGUUCCGACUCGAUCUAAUGUCGCUGAUGAUGGGACCAGAUGA